GUCCAGGUAGCUCGCAUUUCCAGGCGAGCGGCGGCGCCCGCAGCACCUGUCGCCGGUGCGCGCGGGCGGGGAGCCGGGCGGGGGGCAUGGGCUGCUAGAGGUCCCUGGGGAGCCGGUGCGGAGUGGGGUCCGGGGCAGGGCGAGGCCGGGGAGGGAAGGUCCUUCCCCGGGGGCCGCGCGGCCGGCGGCAGCAUGAAAAAGAACCAGACGGUACAGGGCACCUUCAGCAAACUCUUCGGCAAGAAGCACGCCAACCCCCCCAGCACCUCCCUCUACGCCACCAACCCCCCCUGGAUUUUCACCCAGGAGGCCCCGGAGGAAGGGAGCCGGGACUUCGGUGGCAUCUAUCAUGGAGACAGUCGGUUUGACUCUGUGAGCGAGUCAGGAACAGCCACACUGAAAGCUCGGCCAAGAGUCCGGCCCCUACUGACCUUCCUUCCACUGAAUGCCCAGGAGAACCAUGGACUGGCUGUGCCCACCCCCUCGGUCCCAGGAGACUUUGCGGACAAAGAAAUGACAGGUACCAGCUCACUAGUGAACGGCAACCUCCGACUCUACAGCUCUGUGGGGGACCUGAGGCCUGGGCACUAUGGGCAGGACCCACUCAUCCCCCCACCUCCCCCAGGCCCAGCCCCGGGGCCACCCCCAGACACUUCGCAACCUCGAGAGGAGUCCCCACCACCUCCACCUUCCAUGGCUCCUCCACCGCCUCCCCUGCUGCUGGAACCCCCCCGCAACCUCCCCCCACCGCCACUCCCCCCAGCUGCCCCUCCUUUACCUUCUAACGAGAAGGCAGCUCCUUCACCUUCUGGGUUUAUAAAAAACUGCAGAUCCAGCCCCGCUGCUCCCAAGCCCAGUCCUAACCCCCCCAGCCCAGAGGACACAGCCUCUUCAGUGCCCGUGGACUGGAGGGAACCCAGCCAGAUGGAAAAGCUGCGGAGUGAGCUGGCAGCCUAUCUCUGUGGCUCCAGGAGGGAGGACCGACUCCUCAGUCAGAAGGCAGGCCCCCCGGCGGCCUCUCAGGAAAAGGAGGGCAAGCAGGGCCCCCGCCUGCCAGAGAAAGAGGCUCCCGCAGGCCGGACAGAAAAGGAGAGCCUCCCAGGUGUUCCUGAGAAGAGUCCCUGCAGCCUGCCCAACAAGAGGGCUGCCACCAGCCCGACCCUCCCUCCUGUGGACUACAUCCCCCAAGACUCCCCAACUCCCAGUGUGUGGCAGAUCCGCAGUGAGCUGGAGGCCCGGUUCUCCUCGUCAGCAGAGAAGGAAGCCAAGCCCUGCAUCGGGUCUCUGCCUCCCAAACCUCGGCUAGAAGGGGCAAGAAUCUUGGAAAACAGGGGGGAUAAUGGCAACUUCUCUAAGCCUGUGGCCAAGAAUCUGCCACCUCUAUCCACCACCCCUCUGCCAACCACACCACUUCAGUCCAAGGCCACGCCUGGGCCAGCCACACCACCCAAGGCCACGCCUGGGCCAGCCACACCACCCAAAGCCACGCCUGGGCCAGCGCUACCACCAAAGCCCGCGCCUGGGCCAGCCACACCACCCAAGGCUGUGCCUGGGCCCGCCACACCAUUUGCAGCCACAAGCAUGCCCACCACAUCAUCCCGGCUGAUAGAGAAGAGCCUGGUCCCGGCUGGGCAGUGGGAGAAGCCCAGACCUCAAGAACCGACGCUGACCUGCCUGAUAGAGGCAGAAGGGCCCCCCGCAGAGGCCAGUAAGCCUCCUAUACUGGGAGCCCUCUCAUCUCCAGCCCUCUCACCAAAGAGAUCCCCCCAAGGAGAUGAGGUGACAUUUCUCUACAAGCUCCAUCGCAGCCAGAAAAGCCCCAGCCAAGAGGUCCCUGUGGGGACAGCACCGCUGGCCAUAGGUUCAGCUGUAGGGCCAGGGGAACGUUCGGAGGUGAAGGAGUCCCAGGGGCAGCCAGCCAAGCCCCCCACCUCAGCCCAGCCUGCCGAUGAACUCAGGCAUCCGGUGACCGGGGAGCUGGUGCAGCCGGGCUCCCCGAUGGCUCUGCUCCUUGCCGCCAGGCAGAGGGCCCAGAAGGGGAGGCCAGGAGGGCUGGCCCUGGGCCGGUCCUCCCUGCCAGGGAGCCUCCGUGGCCACAGCAGCCAGCCCCAAGCAGGCUCUGACAGCAUCUUCCACAAUGAGGGCCGCCCCAACUCCUUCACUGUGGUCCCCAAGUUGCCCAAGGAGCCUGAGAAGGACGUCCAGCUGGCCUCGUCGGCACAGGCCACCAUACCCAGUCAGUGGAAGUCCCAGCCCCGCCGAGACCCAGAGGGCACGGAGCCAAGCCUCAGGCACAACGGGACAAAGGCGGAGCCCCAGGCCCCUGUAGCCUGGGAAAGGCCGGCAUCCUCCAACCUCCCCCAGGGCAGCCUGCUGCCCAAAUCCUUCUCGUCCCCUCCUUCCCCUUCCUGCAAGAGGGACGAUGACGAUGACGACGAGGGGGAGUUCCACUUUGAGGUCAUCCCCCCGCCGCCAGAGUUCAGCAACGACCCUGAGCCCCCCGCCCCGGCCCCGGCCCUCCAGUAUCUGGGGCGCCGGGGCUCCCCUCCCCGGACCAACUUCUCAGACUUGGGGCAGCCCUCAGCGCCUCGCAGCUUCUCGCGCUUUCCGGCCGGCCCGCGCCACCCCGGGGCCGGGGGCCUGGAGCGCUUCUCGGGCGGGGGCCGCUCGCUCAUCAAGAAGCGCCUAUACGUCGGGGAGCCCCACCGCAGCCCCGGGCAGCCCCGCGGCGGCACCGGCCGCAGCCUGAGCUCCCCCAACUGCUUCGGGCCGCCGCCCGGAGGCCCGGAAAUGCGGCGCGUCAACUCGGCGGGCCGCGCGCUCCCCGGAGGCCUGCACGCGCGGAGGCUGUCCACGGAGGGCGCCGCCCGCGGGGAGGCCAAGUUCAAGGCGCCCGGCGGCGACUACGGCUUCGCCCCAGCGGCAGGCAGGUCUCCCCACAGCACCCCCCACUAUGGAAGCCCCAUCAACACAUUCACCGUGAGGCCUGGGACCCGCCAUCCCAUCUCCUAUGCCUACUCGGGGAACCACCGGAAGGCCCCGUCCUGAGCCUCGGGUGUUCUCAGCUCUACUCCAGGGAGUCAGAUCUGGGUGCUUAUUUUUGUGGGGGUGGGAGGGAUGCGGCAGGUGUUAGGGGUCCUGCCUCACACAUGGAGGAGUCUUUGUUACCUAAACACAGACAGAUGACGAAUGAGAAGCAGUGGAAAGAUCAAGAGUGGGCUUCUGUUUCCCAAAGCACUGGCGUGGCUGUGGACUGUC